AUGGGAGCUCCUCCCAAGGAGACUCAGAAGCCUUAUUCAAGGGUCCAGACCUUUUUUAAGAGGGUCAAGACCUUUCUAACCAAUGCCCCACCUCCACCCCUCCCUGAACCCCUGUCCUCCUCCUGGAACCCAGGCUGUACUCAUGUGUAUGGGUAUGUGUUUGGGCAUGUUCGAGAAAACAACCUUGAGCAUCUCCCAUCGCAGCAGGUCUUGGACACAGGAGAGCAGUUGAUGGUUCCUGUGGAGGUCUUGGAAGUGGACAACGAGGGGACCCUGUGGAAAUUUCUGCUCUCAGGAGCCAUGGCAGGGGCCGUGUCUCGCACAGGCACGGCCCCUCUAGACCGAGCCAAGGUGUACAUGCAGGUCUACUCCUCCAAGACUAACUUCAUGAACCUGCUGGGGGGGCUCCGGAGCAUGGUCCAGGAGGGCGGCUUCCGCUCCCUGUGGCGAGGCAACGGCAUCAAUGUGCUCAAGAUUGCCCCUGAGUAUGCCAUCAAGUUCUCCGUAUUUGAACAGUGUAAGAAUUACUUCUGUGGAGUACACGGGUCCCCACCCUUUCAGGAACGUCUCCUUGCUGGCUCCCUGGCAGCAGCCACCUCCCAGACACUCAUCAACCCCAUGGAGGUGCUGAAGACAAGGCUGACCCUGCGUCGGACAGGCCAGUACAAGGGGUUGUUGGACUGUGCCAGGCAGAUCUUGGAGCAGGAGGGCACCCGUGCACUUUACCGCGGCUACUUGCCCAACAUGCUCGGCAUUAUCCCCUAUGCCUGCACUGACCUGGCUGUCUAUGAGAUGCUCCGGUGCUUCUGGCUCAAGUCAGGCAGGGACAUGAAGGACCCCAGUGGCCUGGUCAGUCUGUCAUCUGUGACACUGUCCACAACCUGUGGCCAGAUGGCCAGUUACCCAUUGACUUUGGUGCGCACCAGGAUGCAGGCUCAAGACACCGUGGAGGGUUCGAACCCCACCAUGCGAGGAGUCUUUCGGGGGAUCCUGGCCCAGCAGGGCUGGCCCGGGCUGUACCGAGGCAUGACCCCCACGUUACUGAAGGUGUUGCCAGCAGGUGGCAUCAGCUACGUGGUGUAUGAAGCCAUGAAGAAAACACUGGGCGUGUAGCCUGUGAGCUGGAUGACACAUCCUGGGCAGGAAUGGGACAGAAGGACCCUUUCCCUUCAUGGUCCCACAGAGCUCUCCAGCUCAGGCCCUGGAGGCAGUUUUUGGCGGAAAAUGCAGGC